AUGUCACUCAAACCACUGCAUCAGAAUCUCUUGGCAUCCGCAGCCACUGUUGUAUAUGUAAAGACUGUUGUAAUAGGGUGCAAUUAUGCAGUUUCCAAGGACAUAAUAUCAACCGAGCUAUCACGGAAGAUUGUUCACAUUGCAGCUGGGACGUGGACACUGUUCUGGCCCUAUUUUGAUGAAUCGCAUCCUUCGUGGAGGCUCAAUAUCAUUGUUCCUUUUAUGUACGCGCUGCAACUAACGCAAGCCGCUCUAUUUGGCGGUAAAGACGAUCCUCUUGUCAAGACUAUAUCAAGGACAGGUAAUCCCAAAGAGCUUCUCUAUGGCCCUCUCUUUUUCACUUUGGUGAUGAAUUACACUGGACUAUUUGCCUUUCGGGCGCCUGAGUCCAUUUAUGUCAUGUCCUGUCUGGGUUAUGGAGAUGGUGUUGCACCUCUAAUUGGAACGUGGUACCCGUAUGGACGUUACCCGACUUACCCAUUUGACGCGAAGAGCAAAAAGUCCCUUUCGGGCUCCCUUGGCUUCUUCUUGGCAUCCAUCUGUGGAUACCAGAUUAUGAAAAGCAGUUGCAGGGGGGAGCCAAGUAGUAUGGCAACAUUCCUACCAGUGGCAGUCAUGUCCACAAUCACAGAAGGUAUCACUGGAGCAUAUGACAACAUUGCUGUCGCUCUGAUUGGGUUUUUGACCCCCAAAUUAUUUCCAUAG